CCUGAGAAUACGUCCUGCGUACUUUCGCUUUCUCAAGUUCUCUGAGGAACAGAAACUUGGCCUAAACUUUGGAGAGGAAAAAAAGAUCCACAAACAACUUGUGUGCAGUACUUAAGAUGGCUGGAGAACCUGCUGAGCCAAGUGAUCUUGGAGCUGAUGUGGAGGAAGUUAAGCUGACGGGAGACCAGACAGACGCCAAACCUGACCGCAGAGGAAGAUUUCUGAUCUUUGGUAAGAAGAAAAAGGAUGGCCAGAUGCGGGAGCAGGACUACUCUUCUGAAAGCCAUUACAGACUUGUUUCACCAACAUUCCAGUAUAAGAUGAGCCACCAACGAGUGGGCAAGUGCAUCAUCAUCAACAACAAAAACUUUGAUGAAAAGACAGGGAUGAAUGUACGCAACGGCACGGACCGAGACGCAGGAGAGCUGUUCAAAUGCUUCAAGAGCCUGGGCUUCGAUGUCUUCAUCUACAAUGAUCAGACAUGUGAGAAGAUGGAGAGUCUUCUAAGAGAGGCCUCGGAGGAAGACCAUAGUGACAGCUCGUGUUUCGCCUGUAUCCUGCUAAGCCAUGGUGAGGAGGGCAUGAUCUAUGGAACGGACGGAGCCAUGCCCAUCAAGUCCAUGACCUCAUUGUUCAGAGGGGACAUGUGCAAAAGCUUAGUUGGAAAGCCAAAACUCUUCUUCAUCCAGGCUUGCCGGGGGUCCGAAUUUGAUGACGGUAUACAGACAGAUUCGGGUCCGCCAAACGAUACCGUGGAGACAGAUGCAAAUCCAAGACAUAAGAUCCCUGUAGAGGCAGAUUUCCUCUUUGCUUACUCUACUGUGCCAGGUUAUUACUCAUGGAGGAACCCUGGGCGCGGCUCCUGGUUUGUUCAGGCGCUCUGCAACGUCCUCAACGAGUUUGGCAAGCAGCUGGAGAUAAUGCAGAUCCUGACACGGGUCAACUACAUGGUGGCCACCAGCUUUGAGUCCUGGUCUGAAGACCCACGCUUCAGUGAGAAGAAGCAGAUUCCCUGCGUGGUCUCUAUGCUGACGAAAGAACUGUAUUUCAACUGACCGCCAGCCCUUUCUGACUGACUGACUGACUGACUGACUGACUGACUGACUGACUGACUGACUGACUGACUGACUGACCGACCGUUUCAGGUAGCAACUUAGCAUUAAAAGCAUUCAGGGAUGAUUCAGGCCCAGCAUGACACUGCACAUUUGGAGCACAUAUGACAUUUUACAUGUGUAGUUGGGCCCGAAAACAAGCACUCCGUAAGAAAGAAAAAUAUUAUUAGUGGCACUCCGCGUUCAUGUGCUGAUGGUGAAACUUCUUCCUCUUCUUCAGGUUAUUCUUCGGAAUAAUGGCGUCACAUUUGAUCUGAUCUUCUUUUGACAGGCAUGUGAAAUAUCCAUGUUGUUCCACCAACCCGGAAAAAUUAGCUGCCACUUUUUGUGGGUUUGGGGAAUCAUAUCUGAAUGUGUGUCUCUCCAUUUUCCAGCAUUUGCAAUGGAUGUUGAAAAGGAACUGUAGAGAGUGGACAGGAGUCUUCCACUUAAAUAUGGCUCUUGUAUUUAUUACAUGAAAUGGGUUUAGAAAUAAUUAACAUUUGAUCUGAGAGAUCAAAUGCAGCCAAAAGCAUUUGUAAAGUGUACAUCACCAUUACACAGUAAAAUACAUUGGAAACCAGGUGACAGUUGAAUGUUUUAAAAGCCUAUAGAAAGUAUUUAUGUAUAAAUACCCACCAGGAAAGUGAUUCGAGUGUUUAAAACCCUUUGAUCACUAUAGGAAUUGAUGAGGGAGCUGCCUUGAUUACAAGCCCUGUCUGAUGCAUAAGAGGGGGAAAAGCAUCUGGAAAAUGGAUCAGAUCAUUUUCAGCUAUCUGUGUUUCAAUGUUUUCAGCUGUCAGUUGUUAGAUAAAAAGAGAUAACAGAAAAAAAGACAACACUCCAAUGAGCAGAAACAUGUGACGAUGCUUUUGCCAAAGGCUCAGUGUCUCAGCCUUCCUAGCAAGUUUUAAGUUGGUAGCAGCAUGCUGGCAUCCUCAGGUUCUUUAAUGUCCCAUGAAGUGGGUUAUUGUAAUGUUAAAGAAUGUCAUAUACGUAUGGCUAGGAAGGUGUGAUCUUUUGCUGUGUUGUGAUUAGUUCUAUGAGAUUUUGGGUCAACUGCAUAGUAUAUAGUCCACUCCCACAGAAGCAAGGAUUAUUUGCAAUUUGCCAAUUGUAUUAGCCUGAUGUUGAAGACUUCACUUGCUUGUUGUUCACUCCAAAGGAAGUGAAGACGCAUUUGUCUUGGUCCAACAAAUCAGUUUAUGAAUUUCCCUUUUUUUAAUCUUUAAAGUCUGACAUUCCUCUUUAUUAACUUUGAUAAAUAAAAGGAUACAUGCGGUAUGAUUUUUACCAUAGAAAGAGAACUGUCAAAAAUGGUGUCAUAAAUUUGGGAAAUAUUAUAUUGUGAAGCUGGACUUGGGCCCAAACCACAUCAUUUCACUGUAUAUUAGUGUUGUACAUUGUCAUAACAUACACUACACUCUGGUAAGAGAUACCCAGCAAAGUCUUCCUGUAUUUUCUUUUAAUUGACCUUUUGAUUUAGAAAGACACAAAUCAUAAAGAAAGUACAUGUUUUUUAAAAACAAUUUUGCAUAAUUUAGUACAUUUAUUAUUAUGAUGGAGUUUUAUGGUAAAAUAUGUUUUAUAUCGUAGACAUUUGCUGAUGGUCAUUUCAACUUGCACAAAGUUUGUUUCUGCAAAUACGCUGUGUUAAUGUGCCAAAGUCUGUCAAUCACAGAGGCAGCUAUUACUGGUGGUGACAAGUCUGAGCAUACACAAUCCACAUGUCCGCAAUACACAAUCAUUGUUGCUGCAAUGUUUUUACAUUAUUCACACCAUUGCAUGUGUCAGUAACUUAGGGGAAAAGUUAACCAAGAGCCUUAAUUUGUCAUUUUAUUUUCCCCUUUUCACUUGUAUUUUUAAUCAGUUUUUUUUCGAUUGGAAUUGAGGGAGGGAGAGAAAAUAUUUUUAAGGGGAAAAUUUUAAAAUGCUUUCUGGUGUUAAAUGCUGUUGUCCUCAGGAAUAUAUUUGAAAAGAUUUGGAAAAAUGAAUGAAUGAAUUACAUUGAAAGUUUAAUCAGGCCCAAUUUCUUUUUCAUUUGGGGCGAUACCUUGUUUAAUUAACUUCAAAAACAGAGGAAUGCUUAUGUAAACACUUUAUUGUAUUAAACAUAAAGAAUUUAUUCUCUAAUCAGUUUUGUUUCAUAUUUCUUGCACAUCUGUAAACACAGACACAAUAAAAGGCCACAACAAGGAAGAUGUUUAAACUAUGUUAAAAAAAAAAUCCAUAUAAAAAGUUAGAACCACUGUUAGGUGUAAUUUUCAUCAACCAAUACUAUAAGUAGACAAACAUCCUCAGCUUUCUGUUAUGUGUUAUUUUUAUUUUUUUAUUUUUCCUGCUGUCAUAAAAAUACCACAAAAUAAAUGCUAUUGUAAAUAUGAAAUACCAAAUGUGCCUUAAUCCACAGAAGAAAUGAUUCCCCAACAAAUGCACUAUUUACUACUGUUUGAGUAACAUCUGAUAAAAACCCAUUGUUGGUUCUGGUACUUUCAGUGGAUUUGUUGACCAUAAAAAAAGUGUAGAAUAUCACCAGCAUUAACCUUGAAGUACAAUUUGCUAUUUAAUGGUUAAUUGGCUAUCCAAAAGCAGAUCUAUCUUACCAAAGUAUUACUAUUUCUUAAUUAGACUUUCUUUGCCAACUCAACUUCUGUCUUUUGCAAUUCCCCUGAUUCAUCAUUAAAAAAAGCUUUUAAAAAUAAACGCUUCGCAGUAUGCACAGCAGCUCUAAUUUCAUGUUAGCCUUGGUGUGUCUACUACUGUAUUAAGAAAAAAUGUGAAAAAUAGAGAUAUCCUU